CGGAUUGGCAGUACACGCAGUAAUUCGUCAAGUCUCAGCUCCAAAACGAAGGCCAUUCUUAGUCACCUCGAAAGAAUUAAUACUCCGGCUCGUGAAGCUCGCAAGCUACCUGUGAUGCGUGGAUCUACUGUACCUUCGGAACGUUGGGCACCGAUGCAUUCAUGUGCAGCUCCUCCACUCGUCAAGUCUAGUGCAACAGUUCCAUCUCGCAUUCAACUUUUAUCUUCAUCAAUGGCGUCUCAGCGGAAACCGUAUUGGCGUGAUAUAACCAGAAAGCUUCAAGAGAAGGAGCAAAGCACUGUCUCGAAGGAGAGUCAUGAUAAACCCAGCAGAAGCGAUGGAAAGACCAUCAGCGCGAACGUGUUCAACGCCACUCAGUUAAUUGAUGAGGAAAUGGUAGACGCCUCCGAGGAUAGGACGAAUGACAUCCCUUUGUUUGCACCUCCUAUAAAGGCGGCGCCAACUGCGGGGUUUCUGGAUGACAUGGUUUUCUCCUUCGGCGCUCCCGUUGAACGCUUGCCUGGACAAAACGCUGCUGUUGGGACGUCGACCGAGUGUGACAGAAGUGGUUCGGAAGGAUCUGAUAGCAGUGAUGAUGAUUCGGAUAAUGAGCAGAGCAGCUCUACAUCUGAUGCUGAAGAAACAAAUGAACAAGAAAAGGAGACGAAGGCUUCCCGUCCACCGACUGCUGCUGACAGCGAAACAUCUGGUGCAAUUUCCUCGAAUGUUACUCCAACAUCAUCAAAAGAUAAUGUCAAUAUUUGUGCCGCCUGUGGACACAACAAAGAUGCUUCGACCACUUCCAAAACGCUCGUGUCCAACAUAGCGACAUUCGGAAAACCUGCUGCUGGUGGUUUUCGAUUCGGAUUAGCUCCUGAGGGAGUCAAAGACAGUAGCGCACCAGCAGCACCACAUUGGCAGUAUCAAAGGAAACUGCUCUGGGAACUAAUGGUACUUCGAAACCUGCCCCGAAUGCGACUUCUGAACCCAAGCAGGACUCUUGCAAGCCUUCCACGGCUGGUGAUUCCACUACCGCCGCAGCAACACCUAAUGCAAGUGGAUCGGAUAAGAAACGCGUAG